UUCUGUGUGGGAAGCAGAGAGAGAAAGAGAGAGACAUAGAGAGAGAGAUAGGAAGGACCAAACCAAAACACAAAGUAUGGGUAAGGUAGUGGAGAAGAAGAGGAGGAAGAAGAAAGGAAGACCUUCUCUUCUAGAUCUUCAGAAACGGAACCUUAAAGAACAACAGCAAAGUCAACAGGACAGCAGAAGAAAUUAUUCCACCCCGACAACCACUCUUAAUUACGACUCUGCCACUGCUACUCCUCCCCGCCGAUCCACCCGCCGCCAUCCCAAUCAUUCCUCGGGGGAUAACGACGACGACGGACAAGACAACGCCAGUGACGAAGAAGAAGAAGGACAAGAUGAGGAGGAGGAAGAAGAAGAAGAAUUGGUCGGAAAAAAACGACGGGAGAAGAAGAUGAAACUGGUUCUCAAGCUGCCUUCCCCGCAGCAAAAAUCGCCGGUCAAUUCUGGAUCCCUCGGCUCCGAUUCGAAUCUCGAGGACAGUAACGUGGGCUCGACUCACAAGAAGAGGAAAAUCAAUUCCAUCGGGGAUGGAUCUGCAAUUGCUGAUUCCAGAAAGGAAGAGAAGUCUGUUUCUGGUGCAAACCUCACACGUAACAGCCAAGGUGGUCUGUUGGAUUCUGGACCCUCGACGGCUUUACCGGACAAAAAGCUGUUACUUUUCAUCCUAGAUAGGCUUCAAAAGAAGGAUACCUAUGGCGUGUUUUCGGAGCCCGUAGACCCUGAAGAGCUGCCGGACUAUCACGAGGUUAUCGAGCAUCCGAUGGAUUUCGGAACUAUUAGGAAAAAACUUGCUAGUGGGGCUUAUGCCAUCUUAGAACAGUUUGAGAAAGAUGUCUUCCUCAUAUGUUCAAAUGCGAUGCAAUAUAAUGCUCCUGAUACCAUAUAUUUUCGACAGGCACGAUCGAUACAAGAGCUAGCAAAAAAGAACUUUGAUAAUUUACGGCAAGAUAGUGAUGAUAAUGAAGCAGAACCAAAGGUGAUAAGGAGAGGUAGACCACCAACCAAAAAUUUCAAGAAGACACCGGGCCGGCCUUCCUUAGAGCAUAAUGCUUCAGAAUUUUCUUCAGAUGCCACCCUUGCUACUGGUCCAGAUAACACCUUAUGUUCCAAUCAUGACACUAGAAAAGGACCUCUUGCUUCUGACAAUUCUAAUAUUGCAGACUCAUCUGGAAGAUUUUAUGGUUCUCGCAACGAUGUUUAUUCAGGCUUAUUCACUGAAAACAAAUCCAACAGAAAUGAUGAAGGUACAGGUUAUAUGAUGAAACACGGAAAAAGGCAUUUUGUGCUGGAUGAGAAUAGACGUAACACUUAUAAUCUAUUUCAUUCAUCUGCUGCAAGAGAGGCAUCCGUGUUGAAUACUUUCGCUGGAGAGCGGAAGCAGCUACUGACUGUGGGGGUAUACUUGGAGCAUGGUUACACACGCAGUCUAGCUCGAUUUGCUGCGAACCUUGGUUCGGUUGCCUGGAAAAUCGCUUCCAAAAGGAUAGAAAAGUGUUUACCAGAUGGAGUAAAUUUUGGUCCUGGAUGGGUUGUAGAAAAUGAUAUUCCAGCACAGAGACCUUUACAACUACCUUCGUUCUCGCUUCCGCCAGGCCAGCAGACAUCAUCACUGCUCUGCUCCGUUGAUCAAAAUUCAUGUUCUCUCACUGAAUCUUAUGCCCCGGAAACCCGAGAAGACAAACAACCUGCCAAGCCCAAAGCUGAUAAUUUGUCUGAGAAACAUGUUCCUUCAGUUCAGUCCGUCUCAGGAGGCAAUUUAAGUAAGCCUAUAGCUGCAUCUGGCACUACUUCUGCAACCUUUUCGACUGCUAAAAGAUCUCCUGAAUCAUGGAAUCCGAAGACCGAAGCCAGCGAUGGAUCUCCCAAUAAUGGUUUUAACAUGACAAACAGCAGUGCAGGAGUGGUCCAGCCGAGGCCUCCCUUCCCAGUUCAUCCUGGCAUGAAUGAAUACAAUAAUGGUGCUUACGGGUAUAAUCUCCCGGCUCAUAUGGUAAAACACAUUGGAACUGCCAAGCCUCCUGGGUUCAGUUUCCAGACAUCUCAGACCGUCUCAAGGACUGCUACUAACUUUGCACAUCCAGCAACUGCAAACUCGAACUCAAACUCAAACGACCCUAAAUUGACAGAAAAUUCAUGCACAAACAAUCUGAGCUGCCCACCUAAUUCCGGGCGCGAGACAGAGGCCACGCCAAGAUCAAUGAUUCAUCGACAGCCAUUGUGGGAAGAAUCAUCUCCACAUCAAAAACCAGUCUCAAGGCUGUCACCAAAACAGAGACCAGAUUCAGUUCCACCAGACCUGAACAUCAGAUUUCAGUCACCUGGGUCACCUAGUUCGACUCGAGCCGAUUCAGCUCACCCAGAUUUAGCGUUGCAGCUCUGAUCAAACAUCCAUAGAUAGGUUAACCAUAGAUAGGUGAGGUGCAAAGAAGGUCCAGCUGAAUAGUGGCUGUUGAAGCUUUCACAUUUAUAGAUUAUUGUUGUAUAGAUCAGUGUAUCCUGAUUCUUAGGCACAUAAGCAAAAGAUGGUUUCAUUUGGAUCCUAAUUCAUUCCACGAUGAAGAUGAGCAGUUUGUAUUUGGCAAUGAACAUGAAUGCUAUGAUCAAUGUAUUUUAU